AUGCGCGCCCACAAACUAGAAACUGUAUUGAUAAGGGAGAAUGUGAGACUGGAGUUGUUAUAUGAAUCUAAUCCCUUUUUUGCAGGUGAACCAAUCUCAUUGGUUAUAAAAUUCCAGCAUCUAGGAUCUGUACAAGGCCAUAAACACGUUGUUGAAAAACUAGAAGCUUUAAGAAAUAAACGGUCCGAUCGACAAAGGAAGCAAAAUGAUAGUACGAAGUCUUGGGUGCGGUCACUUUGGAAUCCUGUUAAUCUAGAAGAGAAACUUUUAGAGGAGAAUGAAGGUAAGUCCAUAAGUGAGCUAGAGAAGCAAUUGGAAUAUAAUAAAGCCACAGAAUUGCUUUCGUACUAUAUUCAGUUAUAUGGGUCCCUAAAAUUUGAUGCCAGUGUUGUGGAUGCCAGUAAGCUGCAACCUACUAGGAAAAUUGUAGGACUGGGUUUGAAAAGUGCAAGGGAGAUUCCAGAAGCCGUGAAGUCAUCACCUUCUCCUCUAUCUCACCUUGUAAAUACAGAUCUGAAUGAUAAUAAUAAAGGUCUUCACCAAAUUGGUAGCUAUUUUGACGAAGCUCAAGAUACAGCUGAAAUUCCAUUGUUGAUUAUUCCUCAAACUUUAAUGUUCACAGAACUUACUUUACAGCCAGGUGAGCAAAAAGUUUUCUUGUUUAAGUCCGCUAGAUUGCCUAAAUCGUUACCCCCUUCAUACAGUGAGAGCAAAAGAUUCAAUAUAUCAUACCGGUUGCAAAUUGGGGGCAUGACGGACAUUGAAUCAGUUGUAAAGUCGGUUUUAUUCAAUUUUCCCCUAAACAUAUCGAGUUAUGUAGACAGGAAAGGGUUUCAGUAUAUUUCCCAGAUAGGACAGGAAACCAGUUUUCUCUCUCCAGGAUCAGUAAGGGAGCUGGAUGAAUCAAAGAGGAAAAGAUCUAUGCACUCUAUGAGUACCUUUUCAAGACACAGACACUCGGUAGACAAUAUUUAUUCCGAGGUAACAAAUAACUUAGAAAAAGCAUCAAAACUCAAAAAACAUUUCAAAUCUCUUCUUAUAGAUUCAAAAGGAGACUUAGACUUGGAUAACUUGAUUGGUGACCUAAUGUCUUUCCAAUUUGGUAAAAAUUACAAAACAGAUAUGGGUAGUGAAGAAGAUCUAUCGAGGUUGCUGGGAGCAGAAGAUACCGAGCCAAUGAAUAUCCAAGACCAAAAAACUCUUAUAAAAGAUAAUCCUAUUUCAUCCGGGGACAACUCUGCUGCUACAAAAGAAGUUGUAAAUAACAUUUUUCAAAAUUUAAAGCGCGAGUUUGUAGUGAACAAGAAUGGAACACAAAUCUGCAGCAUUGAAUUAUCUAAAACAUAUCACUAUACAGGGGAGGAUAUUGAUUUACUAAUCCAUCUUGUGGAAGGAUCCAAGCAUAAGGUUACAGCUAUUACAACUGCUCUUGAAGUAAUCGAAAGCCUUAAUCCAGACUAUUGUAUUAAUAAUAAUAAUCAGUCCAAGGUAAAAUCUACCAGUAGGUGUGUGUAUGAGAAUCAUUAUAUUUGUUUUGAAGAGAUAUCAGAAAUUCCUAUCAAGCUGUUAUCAUAUAGGUCUCCAUCAGAUAUCCCUGUUGGUCAGUUUGAAACCAAUAUUUUCGACUGCAAGUGGAUGAUCUCUUUCCGGUUUGUCAUAAUUGACAGGGAAGAUAUGACAACAUUAGUAGAAUUCUAUGAAGAUAAAAAGGGCAAACUAUGGAAUGCAAAGGAACAACUUCAUGGCGAGGAAUUCACUUUUCGCCUUCCCGUGACUGUGGUGUCAACUGAGAAGCAAUUUGGAGGUUGGUAA